GGCCUUCUUCCCUUGCUGCGGAACUUUCUCUGCCUUCCCUGGAGCUGAGCUGUCUCUGCCUUCUUCCCUCGGAGCUGAGAUCACCCUGUCUUCACUUGGACCUGAGAUCUCUGCCUUCUGGACCCUAGCCCUGUAGGUGCAGGUCCCAGGCAGGACCUCACCCUCUGUAAAUCCCUGGGAUCCUUCUCCCUCCCCUGCUCAGUCUGCAGAAGACCAAGUCCUGGCCCAAGAAGGGAGCAUGGAGCCAGAGGGAAUGGCCUCUGGGAGCUGUGGACCCCUACCCCAGGAGUUGGUGACAUACCAGGAUGUGGCUGUAGACUUCACCCCAGAGGAGUGGGGCCUCUUAGACCAUCCUCAGAAGGAGUUGUACAAGGAGGUCAUGCUGGAGAAUAGCUGUAACCUGCUCUCCUUGGGGCUUCCAGUUCCCAGAGAAUAUUUGAUUUUUUCUGAGGAAUGGAAAUCACCAUGGAUGCUGGAACAAGAAGGCCUGAGGAACUGCUGUCCAGAAGGAGAGAUUAGCCCUGAAAUGAGAGACACUACUGGAAAGCUAAGGAUUUCUGUGAAAGAAACUCACAAAGAAAGCUUCAUGUGUGAUGGUCCCAAUAACUUCACUGGGAGAAAAAUCUGUGCUGUAUUUCACAGAAUCCACACAGGAAAGAAAUCAUGUAAUUGUCAUCAGUGUUGGAAAGACAUGACUCAACAUCCAUCCCUGAUUUGCCAUCAAAAAAUUCAUACUGGAGAGAAAUCAGAGUGUCACGAAUGUGCUGAACCUUUUAGUGAAUGCUCAUCCUUAAUUAUGCAUCAAAGUGUUCACAGUGACAAGAAACCUUAUGAAUGUAAUCAGAGUGGAAAGGCUUGGAGUUGCAGCUCUAGUCUUGCUGUACAUCGGAGCUUCCACACUGGGGAGAAACCUUAUGGAUGUGAUAAAUACAGAAACGCAUUUACUCAGAGCUCCAACCUUACUCAACAUCAGAGAAUCCACAAUGUUGAGAAACCUUAUAAAAGUAAUCAAUGUGGAAAGGCUUUCAGAAUCAUCUCCAAACUUUCUACACCUCAGAGAAUCCACAGUGGGAAUAAACGUUAUGAAUGUAAUCAAUGUGGCAAAGGUUUCACACAGAGCUCCACACUUGCUGUACAUUACAGAAUCCACACUGGAGAGAAACCAUAUGAAUGUAAUCAAUGUGGAAAGGCUUUCUCAAAUAACUCCAAUCUUAGUGCACAUAAGAGAAUCCAUGCUGGAGAAAAACCUUAUGAAUGUAAUCAAUGUGGAAAGGCUUUCACACUGCGCUCCAGUCUUGCUGCACAUCAGAGAAUCCACACUGGAGAGAAACCUUUUGAAUGUAAUCAGUGUGGAAAGGCUUUCACAGAGAGAUCCAGUUGUGCUGCACACCUGAAAAUCCACACUGGGGAGAAACCUUAUGAAUGUAAUCAAUGUGGAAAAGCUUUCAUUAAAAACUCUAACCUUACUGUACAUAAGAGAAUCCACACUGGGGAGAAACCUUAUGAAUGUAAUCAGUGUGGAAAGGCUUUCUAUUUAAGGAAUAGUUUUACUGCACAUCAGAGAAUGCACGCUGGAGAGAAACCUUAUGAAUGUAAUCAAUGUGGAAAGGCUUUUACACUGCGCUCCAAACUUGCUGCACAUCAGAUAAUUCACACUGGGGAGAAACCUUAUGAAUGUAAUUAUUGUGGAAAGGCUUUCACAAAAAACUCUAAUCUUACUGUACACAAGAGAAUCCACACUGGAGAGAAACCUUAUGAAUGUAAUCAAUGUGGAAAGACUUUCAAUUUAAGGAAUAGUCUUGCUGUACAUCAGAGAGUCCACACUGGAGAGAAACCGUAUGUAGGUUAUCAACGUGGAAAGUCUUUUACACAGAGCUCCAGACUCGCUGCACAUCAGAGAAUCCACACUGGGGAGAAACCUUAUGAAUGUAAUUAUUGUGGAAAGGCUUUCAGAAUCAACUCCAAACUUGUAGCACAUCAGAGAAUCCACACUGGGGAGAAACCUUAUGAAUGUAAUCAGUGUGGAAAGGCUUACACAAAGAGCUCCAAUCUUGCUCGCCAUCAGAGCGUCCACACUGGGGAGAAACCUUAUGAAUGCAAUCAUUGUGGAAAGGCUUUCAGAAUCAAGUUCAAACUUACUGCACAUCAGAGAAUCCACACUGGGGAGAAACCUUAUGCCUGUAAUCAGUGUGGAAAGGCUUUCAGAAUCAGUUCCCAACUUACUGCACAUCAGAGGAUCCACACUGGGGAGAAACCUUAUGCCUGUAAUCAGUGUGGAAAGGCUUUCAGAAUCAACUCCAAACUUACUGCACAUCAGAGAAUCCACACUGGAGAGAAACCUUAUGAAUGUGAUGAAUGUGGAAAGACUUUCACACACAGCUUCACUCUUACUGCACAUAAGAGAAUCCACACUGGAGAGAAACCUUAUGAAUGUGAUCAGUGUGGAAAGGCUUUUACACACAGCGUCACUCUUACUGCACAUAAGAGAAUGCACACUGGAGACCAACCUAAAGUGAUAAAAACUUUUAUGUAGACUCUCACUUUACCAUACAAAUGUGAUGCAAGCAAAGACCAAGAGACAUAAUUUCUGGAUUUAAUUAAUUAUUGCUAUUGAAUAAUUAAGAGAAGAAUGGUUGUUUAGCUAUCUCAUGUCAACCAAAGAGGAAUCAUGGAGGCCUAUCAACACUUAUGUGCUUAGAUAACUGGGUGUAACCAAUAGACGUGAAAUGAUUCUAAUUGGUUAAAACCUAAUGAGAAUGAGUAUCAUAAUGAGCGGUGGACAUAUUCUACUGAGUGACUGGGGGAUAUGGUUCAUGACUCCAUCUUGCACAGAGAGACUGAUCUCUCUCCAGAUCUGUCUGACUAAAACACAAUGGGCCUGAAUUCACCUAGAGUAAAAUGUCUUUACCUUUUGAUCAGAUCUAAACUUUCCCAGUUGGCUAAGUCUUGUCUGAGGUUUCAUAUCAUUAAUAUUCCUGCCUUUCAAAGGUUGACUGAAUCACCUGCAGGGGCUGAUUUCUGAAUGAGGAAGGGGAAAGAUGGCAAAUGCUUAAUCCUAAUUCAGUAAUUGGUUAUUAAUCUGAGAGAAAUAAUCAUUUCUCUCACAUCAGUGAAUUCAUUCUAGAGGACAUAUUAAAAUAAUCAGUAUGAAAUGUGUUCAGGCUAAAGUCAUUCCUUAUUUCCCAUGAGAAUUCACAUGUGGUAGAGAUCAUAUUCCUGGAAUGAAUAUGGAAAGACAUUCAGAUGGACUGUAGAACUUGUUAGACAUCAGAAAUUUUGCCUUAUGGACAAGCCCUAUGUGGACUCAGUUGAGAAGGUCUGCAGACGGAGAUCAUGUCUUCCUUAUGAAUGUGCUCAAAGAGGACUUGCAUUUUCCUGGAAGAGGCAGGUCACAAGAUAUCACUAUUCCCACUGGAAGGAAGCCUAAUAAAAGCAGUAAUUGUGGGAAGGCCUUCACCUGGAGCUCAUAAAUCUGUGUACAUUAUGUAUUCCAAUGUGUACAUUAGGAUAAUCUUCCUGGAGAUAAAACUUAUGGAUCUAAUUAAUGAGGGAUGGCCUCUCCCUGUAGCACAUACCUCACUAGAUAUCACAUAUUUCAUAUAGUGUGUGAAGCCCUAAAAAUGGAUUGGAUUUUUCUCUGAAAUCCCAAGGUCCCUCAUGACUAUCCUGAAAUAUUCCAUGGUCCCCUAGGGUGAAGCCUGCCUCUGGCUUGCCCACUUAACUGCAUUUUCCUUGCACUAUAGUAAGAUACCUUUCUUGCUGACCCUCCAAGCUGUCCUAGGCUGGUAAUCUGCUUCACUGCUCCAAAAUUGGUUCUGAGCUAUUAUUGUGAGGUUGUUUGAAAGGGAAUUUGGAAGAGCCCACCUUACCCUCUUGGCUCCAGAAGUCCUCAUGCCCAUUUUUGCAGGAAAUAUUCCCUUGAGAGCUCAAAUUUUCUUAAAAAGAUCUCUUGUCUCUCUCUUUAAUUUUUUUACUUCUAUUUCUUUGCAUUGCUCAUUUAAAAAAAAAACUUAUCUUUUGUGCUAUUAUCUGGAAUUCUAAAUUCAUUUGGCUAUAUCUUCUCCCUUUCCUUCUUUCCUCAGCUAUUUGUAGGGCCUCAUCACACAGCCAUUUUGCCUUCUUGCUCUUCUUUUUCUUUGGAUUAUAUUUAGUUGUUGCCUCCUGUACAAUAUUAAGAACUUCUCUGUAUGGCUCUUCAGGCAUUCUAUCUACCUGAUCUGUCCCCUAUCCAUAAGUAAUGUCAUUCAGGUUAUAUCUGUAGGGUUUAAUGGUUUUCCCAAUUCCUUCACUUAGGUUCUGAAUUUUGCAAUAAGAACACCAUGAUCUGAGCUUCAGUCAGCUCCAGGUCAUGUUUUGACUGAUUGUACAGAACAUCACCACCUCUGCCUUUUCCCUAGAAAUUGUUCUGGGUUUUCAGAGAACUGAUCAAUUUUGGCCUGGAAAAAUGGACAGAGAAUCAAGAGAUCCAGGAUCAUAGACUAAUUUUGACCCAUGCUGGCCAUGUUCCUUAACAACUACUUAACCUCUGACUGCUAAAGACAAGUCCCCAGAACUGAGCUGUAGCUGUAAAGAACAUGCCAAGUGGCAUGGGUGGAUGUUUGGCAUUGGGAGCUUAUUUUGCCAAAACAUAUCAGGAGGGAUCUAUAUAUUAAUACCUAUAUUUAUAUAUCCUAAGUGCAACAGUGGUUAGAGACCAGGCCUGGAUUCAGGAAUGUCUUAGUUCAAAUCCUGCCUCAGACAAUAACUAGCUGUGAGACCCUGACCAUAUCACUUCAAGUUUGACUGUCUCAGUUUCCUCAUCCAUAAAAAGGUGUAAUACAACAUAUCAGUGCUAUUAGCUAAUAGCAGCUAUCUCCUGGUGCAGUUAUAAGGCGAAAAAGAGCUAAAAUUUUCAUGUGCUUUGCAAAAAAAAGGCAGUCAGAAAUUCAAGCUCUAUAGUAAUAAUACUUAUUAUGACUCUCAUUUUCCAUCCUCUAUUAGAUCAUGAGUGCCUUUGGAGCAUGGACUGUUUCUGCUUUUCCUUUUCCAUCCUCAGCAUUAGUAUUUUGUUGUGUACCCAGCUUAAUAAUUUGUUUUUCAGCUGUCGGUGUCUGAUUAAAACAUCGUGUUUUACUUUA